AUGGAGCCUGGAGAGCAGCUGUCCGGUGCGUCGUCGCCGCCGCACGGGGCCCCCAAUCCCGAAUCUUCAGCGAAGGCAAGCGAUGGCGGCGGAUCGCAGCCCGGACGCGGAAACUUCAAGACAAAUGAUCACCGCGCCCGAAGUUCCUGGAUCGAGAGCGGAGCGGUCGAGCUGUAUUGCCAGGCUCUGUUAAGCCGAGCCCAUUUCCUGUUUUUCAACUCGAUACCCGAGGACGUCGAUUUCCGGACGGACCUCUUUAUCCAAGGCAAAGAGACUCUCGAGCAAGCAGAGGCAUUGUGCAUGUCGGAUCGAUACUCCGUCAGCGAGCAACUGAUGGCCAAGUGCUGGUACAUCAGGGGCUUCCUGGCGGAUGUCGGCGGCGACAGGCGCGGCGCGGCGGAUUGCUUCGAGCAAGCCACCAGGCUCGACGCGAACAACAUGUACGCCAAUCUCAAGCGUGUGAGGUGGUACCGACAAUGGCAGGAGAACGGCCAGGAGCUCGGCGACAUGUGGAGUAGCGACAUCGAUCGACCCAGCGAGCGUGGCCGGCCUUUGUUCCACCAUGCCCUUGGCGAGGUCGAGCCGAACGAUGGACUGACGAGGGCGGGGACAUCAAACUCGCAUGAUUCCCGGAAUAGCGCGCUGUUCGACUUCCUCAAACUCGACAUCACGAGUAGACCGCGGCCUCAAGACAGCCGGUCGAGGGAGGCGGCACCAACGCCGCUGCCGCUGCCGCUGCCGCAGCCCACGAUGCCCACGACGCCCACGACGCUCCAUCACUCGCCUCCAAUCGAGACACCACCUCAUGCCCGAGCAUUCGGAGCCGUCGAUCUGUUCAUGAAACAGCUGAUAGAAGAACCUAGCAAGGCCAUACGACGGGCGUCCGAGGAGACUCACAAGAUCUUGAUGCAACAUGUCAAUUCACCCGAGAAGGACGCGUCCCUUCUCGCGGCAGCCAGGGAGGACAGGAGGAGGGCCAUGCAGGAAGCAGCAGCGCGCGAACAGAUCAAGCGGCUGAGAGAACAACUGGAGACGAGGAGGGAAUCGACGGCGAAGAAGACCAUCAGACGGCCGUCCCGCCCCUUGGCCGAUGAAGCUCUCUUGUCAGACACACCGGGCAUUGGAGAGCUGGAUACGCGGUUCACCGUGGGGGAUCGAAGCGCCGGCUCGCCCAUUUCGCCCAUCUCGCCUACGUUGAGGAUCAACACUCGCGGAGUCAGAAAGUCGUCGACGCCCGGCACGCCAUCGUCGGGUCCGUCGGGUCCGUCGGGUCCGUCGAGUCCUUUGAGACAGUCUGCUUUUCCUGUCGACGUGGACGAGGAGGAGGAGGGCCAACAAUCGGUUCCAGACUGA